AUGGCUGUCACAUCGUUCAAUUUCGAUGAUGAAAUGAUUGCGGGUGUUGGUACAGCUUUGAACCGUAUCAAACUCCGAACACAAAGGUUUUACUAUGGUCAGCUGGAAAUGAAACGACCUAAGCUGAAAACACGGCGACGAGAGUUCGGUGGCGCAGAAUCUCCGCUCAAGGACCGCUAUAACGCAUGGAACCCGGAUUGGCAUAAACUGCUCAUAGUUGCCGGUUUAGCCGCGAUUCCAUACAUUCCGUCACUCGACGGUGAUUUUGUUUUUGACGACUCGGCUACCAUCCUCAACAAUCCCAUUGUUACUGGAAAAAGCCAAUUGAAGCAGGUUUUCGUCACUGACUACUGGGGAUAUCCUAUAGCGUCACCACAUAGUCAUAAAAGCUACCGUCCAAUAACAACGUUGACAUUUUGGCUAAACUACUGUCUCUACGGUGAAUGGACGCUACCGUACCACCUGGUCAACAUCGCCUUACACGUUUUAGCAUCGUUGCUAGUCUUCCAAUUUGUCAGAGGGUUACGGAGCACCAGCAUAGAUAGCCAAGUCAUCUGGGAUGAUGCUUUCGUUGCUGCUUCGUUGUUUGCUACUCACCCUGUUCAUACUGAAGCGGUGGCGAACAUCUCCGGUCGAGCAGAGUUAUUGAUGAGCGUUUUUGCGUUAACUGCACUUAUUCACUAUCAUCACUGCAUCCGAACCGAUAACAUCACCCUAUGCAAUGCAGCAGCAUAUGCUGCUAUGGUGCUGCUGUCGGUAUUCAGCAAGGAGCAAGGAAUUACCGUAUUGCCAGUUUCCCUGUUUCUGGACAUCCUACACACACUGCGUCGGGAACAGCACUACAAGGCCGCAAUUUCUCGAUCUGUGCUACUCAUCGUUUCUACAUCACUACUAAUACUAAUACGUCUCUAUAUUAAUAAUUUCACUGCACCAAAAUUUACGGAGUUGGACAAUCCAGCAGCGUUUGUAAAGGAUCCGUUUUUUAAGCUAGCCUCCUACUCCCACAUCUGGUUAAUGAAUCUUCGCCUCCUCUUGCUACCGUACUCACUCUGCUUCGACUACAGUAUGGGCUGUGUGCCACCAAUUGUGCAAUGGACUGAUUAUCAUAUUCUAUGUCUUCCUACGGUAGCACUUUUGCUAGUAGUUGUUCCUUAUGCACUCUAUAAAUUCAAAAACAGAUGGUGCGUUUUUGGCGCUGUCUUCGCUGUUGUUGCAUUCCUACCAGCCAGCAAUCUACUGGUUACUGUUGGUUUUACGGUGGCCGAAAGAGUACUGUAUCUGCCUUCAGUUGGUCUAUGUAUCAUGGUUGGAGUGCUGUCUGAACGUGCGCUUCGGUACUCCCGCAACAUGGACAAAAUUGCCAUAGCAGUGGUUGCCAUCGCUAUGACAAUGACAUAUCAGAGAUCCGAGGAAUGGCAUAGCGAGUUAGAUCUCUACACCAGCGGCCUUAAAGUAUGCCCACAAAAUGCUAAGAUACAUUAUAAUCUGGGGAAGGUCCUGAGCAGAAUUGGUAAUGUUGAAGCGGCAGAGCAUAAUUACUGGAAUGCCCUACGAUUAAAUCCUAACUAUGAACAUGCUAUGAACAAUCUGGCGAAUAUUCUGGAAGCAAAGGGUUAUAGCCAGGACGCUGAACGAUUGCUCAGGAAAGCUCUACGUAGUAGACCCACGUUCGCCGUAGCUUGGAUGAAUCUUGGUAUCACGUUGAUGAACCAACAUAAGUAUGAGGAUUCACUACAAGCAUACCAGAAAUCGUUACGAUUACGACCAACAAGUGCCGACUGCCUAUUCAAUCUUGGAAAUCUUUUCCAGAAAAUGGGAAAACCAUUGAAUGCUUUAGAUGCGUGGAAAAAUGCAACUAGGCUCGAUCCUACCCACACCCACGCUUUAACCAACAUGUUUGUGGUUCUGGACGAGUUGAAUCAAUGCGAUGAAGUCUUAGAAAUAGCAAGAAAUAUUCCCGAUUCCACUAUCAACAAUGUGGCCUCCAUUGCCUUCCAAAUCGGUACCUGUCUUGGGAAGAACGGGAAAUUCUUAGAAGCGGAGCGUCGUCUGAAGGCAGCGCUACGACUCAACCCACAAAAUGCAAUGUAUCAUGCAAAUUUGGGUGUACUGUAUCAACGAUGGGCACGUUAUGAGCAAGCCGAGAACUCGUACCGCAACGCAUUGGCUCUCGGUGACGAUCCGGGAUUGAUUCUAUGGAAUCUGAGGAUAGUACAGGAGAAAUUGAACAGGACAAGGAUCGAGGUGGAGCGGCACUCUAGGCUUUUCGAUCUCUGA